GCCGGAGUUCAAAACAAAACAAAGACGGCAUAUUUUGCAAAUAUCACGUAGAUAAGGAACAAUUUUUACUUAUUAAUUUGAAAAGUAGCUGCGCAAAAGAAGCAUGUCAGCGACCGAGGAACCAACCGUAAACAGUCAGGUCCCAGAGAAUGUGGAGGAUGUGGAAUUUGUGGAUAUGGCAUUCACAAAGGAGUUGCGUAAAGCGACUAAAGAUGUGCACAAUCUGACUGAUGUGCUGGUGAAUGCAAAGUUCGCACUUGCGCUUUCUGAUGAUGAGGUCUGGUAUGAUGGACUUCUGGCAUUCUACGAACUGUACAAAUUCUUCGAGACUCAUUUACCGGAGCGUUUGCUGCCCAAGGAAUUUUACAGGACAGCUGCAUUCGAGAGGGAUUUCGAUUACUUCUACGGGUCUGGUUGGAGGGAGACAUAUGAACCGCGCCCUGCGGUCAAGAAGUAUUUAGAGCAUCUGGAGAAGAUUGCCGCCCAGAACGAAUUGCUGUUGUUUGCCUACUCCUAUCAAAUGUACAUGGCUUUGAUGUCUGGAGGUCAAAUGCUACAGAAGAAGCGUAUGAUUGCUCGAAAACUUUGGAAAUUUUCAAGGGGCGACGAUGAGGAGCAACAAAAGCAGGCCGAUAAAGAGGCCGAGGUGGCAACGGCCAGGGCCGCGGAUCCUUCUUUGAACAAAGAUGACUUGCAGGCCAGGCCAAUGCCCGCCCAAGUCACCAUUUGUCCCCCUGGUUGUGAGGCAACAUAUUUUCCUGAAAAGGUUCCGCUUAGGAAACCUUCCCGCUCUUUACGCAAUGUGACUUCAUCGAGACCACCAAAAGGUCCAUGGCAUGUGUUCCCUUCCAGCAGCUGCAUUAAUUCGCACGCAAAUCACGACAUGGUCCGCUUUGGUUUGGUCUAAAAUUCUUUAGUAACAAGUGCGGGUAAUGUUUAGGGGGAUUAUCAGGUGUAUGUUGGUGGUACUUUUUGUUGGUUCUUUAAAGUCACCACCAAGCUUAGACAACUAAUUUGUUUACUGUUUGCCAAAUUAGAUUAUCUCUAAGCCAACAAAACCAAAAGUUUGUUUGGGUAAUUAAAAAAAAUAGGAAUGGAUUGUAUUAUAUAUUGUUAGAGCCGACUAACCCUUCCUAGAAGGGCUCCCUCCCCAAAUCAUACUACAUAUUUAUCACUUAAUGUUAUUAUUUAUUAUUGUUUUUUAAACAAACUUUAAAAUGCUAGGGAUAACAUUUUUCAUUAACUGCUAUCUACAAGUAUUAAACCAAAGCUCAUAUGUCUAGAUACACCGAAA